AAGAGGAGAGAGCAAACAAUUUUCAGGCCCGCCGCGUCUGGCAAAAAAUAUGAGAAAAAAAUUAUAAAAAAUUCGGAAAAUAGUUGAAAGUCAAGAAAAAGUCCACAGAAAGGAUGUGGAAGCUCCCAGGGCACCUUGGUCCAGGCUGGGAUGACAACCUAAAGCUGGACGUUGGAGUUACAUCAGCAUUAUUCGGGCACCCUGCUCUUCAUGUAGCUGGUCUGCUUUAGGGUGCCAUGGCCACUGGAACAGAGAACCGCCAUGACCAUAUUCUGGAGAAAGCCAAGCUUUCACCAACAUCAGGGAAACGCAGGAGAGCAGAAGGGAAACCCAAGAAGAAUUUUCCUUGUCAGGAGUGUCAGAAGGCAUUCAACAGCCUGGAGAAGUUGAGGGUGCACUCGUACUCUCACACAGGGGAAAGGCCGUAUCGCUGCUCCCAUCUGGACUGCACCAAGGCUUUCGUCUCCAAAUACAAGCUGCUACGGCAUAUGGCAACUCACUCACCAGAAAAAAGCCACAAGUGUUCAUACUGUGAAAAAAUGUUUCACCGCAAGGAUCACUUAAAAAAUCACCUGCACACUCAUGAUCCACACAAGGAGGCCUUCACCUGUCAGGAGUGCGGAAAGAGCUACAACACCAAGCUGGGCUUUAAGCGCCACCUGGCCCUCCAUGCUGCACACAGCGGAGACCUGACCUGCCAAGUGUGCCUGCAGCUGUUCCCCAGCACUGUGGUUCUCCUGGAACACCUCAAAACACAUGCUGGCAAGCCAUCUGGAGGGACCAAAGAGAAGAAGCAUUGUUGUGAACAUUGUGAGCGUCAGUUUUACACCCGCAAAGAUGUGCGACGCCACAUGGUGGUGCACACUGGACGCAAGGAUUUCCUCUGUCAAUUCUGUGCUCAGCGCUUUGGUAGGAAGGAUCAUCUGACACGCCACAUGAAGAAGAGCCACACCAGGGAGCUGCUGAGGGUAAAAAGUGAACCAGCUGAUUCGCUGGAGACAGAUGUUUAUGAUUUGGCUACUGGAAGCAUCAAGGAUGAGCUUCCAGCAACAUUGACAGCAAGAUCACUCCAGGUUAACAUGUUCACAAGCUCUGACCUGGACACACAGCCCUUUUCUUCCCCCAGUAAUCCCUUUUCUUUAAAGUACCCACUGAGCUCCAACUUUACCUCAUACACCAUCACCUCACAUGAGAGGGAGCAGAAUCUAAAGGGAGAACUGGAGACCUAUCUAAUGGAGUUGCAGAACACCUUGCCAUCCUCAUCCUCUGCAUCCGUAGAGCCUCAAGUCCCGUCCUCCAAACUCGACUUGUUACCUCAUGUAGGUAUGCUGGAGGAAGCAAGCGAGGAGUCAUCCCUCUCCAAAAUUUCCACGCCAGCAGCAGGUCCUGCAGCAGACUCUAUGGCCUCAUCUUCUUCACUUAUGGAUUUUUCCCAACUGUUCAACUUCUUGCCACACAACGGGCCUCCAUACAAUCAUGUAGGAAGUGGCGGGGGCAGCAUAGGACCAGCCGUCACCUUUCCUUCCACUGAAGAAUCAGUUCCUCUACUUCAGCUGCCCCCCCAGAUACCUGUGGGUGAAGAACCUGCAGAGAGUCCUCUCCAAGGACUCCCCUCCUCCUUCAUAUGUAGCCUGAGCACACCCACAACACUACCCCGGUUUCACCAAGCAUUUCAGUGAUGGAGUCUGUCCUGCCAAAUGCAGAGCCCCCAUAGCUGAAACAGCCAAACAUGAUUCCAAUAAUUCUAGAUAGUCAGGUCAUUUGUUAAAAAGUGAAGAGACAAUUACAAAGCAGUAGGUGCAUGAUGACCAGGGCCAGCAGUUACAAACACACACAGCUUUAUAUGUAUCUGGCUUAUUCAACCUUAGCAGAUCUUCACCUUUAUUCCAGAUAAAUUACCCUGUUCUUUAUUUCUGGAAAUAUUCUCCCAAAGUCUUUUUCUUUCAUAUUUCCUAAGCUGCUCCAAAGACAGAAAUUACUUAAACAUCUAUGAGCUUCAAUGUUCCUCUUUAAUAGCAUGAUAGAAAGUGUCACUCAGCUUCAUGCUGAUUUAAUGAUUGUUGCAAUAAAUCAGCAAUAAGGAACUUAUUGUGAUAUGGAUAUAAUGAUAUAGGCAGCUCAUCUUUAACCAACACUGCCACACCAUUGAAAAGUUUUUAUCUGGGACAUUUUCUCUAACUGCAGUAGUUCAGAUGAGUCACACACAGUUUACUUAGAACUUAAUAAUCAUUCCUAACUCUUUAUGGCAACAUAGACCCCUACUUUAGCUUUAUACAUUGCCAUAAUGUAGAGUGCUACUUUAGAUUUUAGUGUUGCCAUAUUUUUAAAGCACAGUUCUGUAGUUUUGCAAGAAUUCAAACUCUAAUCAUUUUAACUGGGAAAACAUCUCCUAAUAUAUGAACUGUUUUGUUCAUGAAAUAGGUUGUAGACAUGACAGAAUGUAAUAAAAGGACACACUUUACUCAAUCUGAAUCACUGAAAGCAAAUUACCAUGCUAGAACUACUGAGUAUCUAUUUAACUUUCCGACAAUAAGUAAAUCCACAAAACAAUAUACCGUAAUUGAAACUCCUAAAAUAUUGAGCUAAAAGUGAUCCAGCAACAAGGUUUGUGAGAGUCAGCAUUCAAUGAUUAGCAGUGAUAGGCUUCUUUCUUCAAUCCCAGUUAAUCACCCAACAAGAGAACCAAACUAUCUGUGGGCAAGGUACUGCAUCCCUCAUAUGCCUAUGGAUAUGUAAAUGGAAACUGACUUACUUAAAAUGAUUUUUUGGCCAAAUAUCAAAACUACGAGCUGUUUCUCAUAAAUCAAGUUGAAACGAUUUAAAUAACUCAACAAAACGAAUGGUUUCUCCACAUAAAAUGCCACUUUUGUUGUAAGUGACCCUUACAUUCACAGGGGUCAGGAAGUGACUAAAAUCCGCAAAUACUUGAGACCCUCUCUAAAAAUGCUUAUAACUGCCUUACAACUUUUAAUAGUUUAAAUACCAGAUAUGCCUUAAUAUAUAGUGAUAAAUACAAUGGAAACUGUCUUAGCACUACUGCAGAACUAGCAUCCUCUGUCUUUCUUGUUUCGACUCUUUGGGGUACAGCCCGUCAGCAUCAAGGAAAAUGAAUGGUGCCCCUUGAUUGGCUCCUUUGCAAAUGCCAGUAUGUCUUGUCGUAUUGCACAUAGGUAUUUCAGAUUCACAAGCUGUAUUUUCUUUCAAAUCAAUCUGAAGCCUGUAUACUUGAUUGCAUUGCUAAAAUCUGUGAUAAUGACAUUAAUUAUGACUAAGUCCAAAUUUUCUGGCUUCUAUUUUUUGUUUGUUUCUUUGCCAUUUCAUAUUCCCAACAGUUCUCAGUGAGCUUUGAAUCAACUACUCAAAAUCUAGAACCUCCAUGGACAUUAAGGACAGAGUUUAUCCUUCAGCUCAAAUAUAAUAUAGAAUCUACAUGCAAAGAGUGAGUAUAUGAUAUCUACAAUUGAGAGAUGCUUGAUGUAAGCAGACUUUUGCAAUAUUGCUCACAGAGGACCCCUGUUGAUUCAAUGUUCAGUUUAUGGAGAUUCACCUAUUCACAGAUUUUUCUGUGAACCAUGUUACUCCAAAUGAUUUGCAAAUAUUUUUGGACAGCACAUCUAAAUUUCUAAAGGAAAUAUGGCUUGACAAGCAAAAAUUUGUAAGUGCAGUUUUACUUCACAUGCUAUUGGCUGGUGGUUGCAAAGCAGCCAAUUCAGUAGUUUCAUCAAUUUUCCGUGGCAAUGAUUGGCUGUAACCCCAAGAGUAGAGGUAGGGAAAACUGGGGACAGCAGCUGCUGAGGUAAUGCUAAGACAGUUUUCAUUGCGUGUAUUAAUGUAUAUUAAGGUAUAAUUAUUGUCUGAAUGAGUAAAGUAGGCAGAUAUGGGGUUUUAGGAGGGUUCUUAAUUAUUUGUGGAUUUUAGCUAUUCACAGUUGGUUACAAUCCCUAACCGUGGUGUAUGCUGGGGGUCCACUGCACAUUGAUGUUCCAACAAAGAUUGCAAUUCCAUGUAUUGUAUUGGUAUAUAAAGAACUUUUUAUGCCAAUUAAAACUAAAGUUAUAAAGUUGACAUAAGUUUGGAGCACUUCCCAUUUAAUACAGAGGCUUCAGUUCUAUAAAUAAGGGCUCCUCCAAGAGUUUCUUUAAUAGAAGAAAACACUAAAACAUGGUUAUAGCUGAGAUGUUCAUCUGCUGCCCUGCAAAUGAACAUCUCAUGUGUGACAUGUGUGAUUCACAUGUCACUCAAAACCACCUUGUGAUCCACCUAACCCCAAAAUUGACCCUUUACCAACACUGAUCAGGCAUAACUUUAUGAUCACCUGUCUAAUAUUUAAAUAUCUGACUAAACAUCCCAUCAGAGCUGAUUUUUAUGUAAUUAUUAUAACAUUAGUAUAUUAAUAUAUAAUGAUGUUUGAAAUAUAAUUAAAAUAUUUAUAGUGAUGAAGUUUCCUCUACAAUAAACAAUAGUUCUAUCUCUUGCCUUCUUUUAAUGUAAAAUCUGCUGUCUGUGUAGACUUUGUUCAGGUCUUAGUAAUAUGAAUGUUGUUGUGAGCUUCCAGAAAGUCUUUACCCAGUGAAUCAGUUCCCAUUCUCUUGAACUUAUCUGCUGUGGCCCCCGAAAGUCUAAAACACUCGAUUUUAUGCAGGAAUGAAGGGAUAAGUUCCAACUACUGACGAAGCAUGUGAACAGAGACGUAAAAUGUCAAAGCACCACCACAAGCCAGGGCAAUGGGGAAAAUUGUCUUGGCAGGGUUUGGCAACGCCUCCCUCACCCAGUCAGUUGAACAAUAACUAAUACUAACACACAGCAUAACAAAAGUUCCAUGCAGAUAUUCAUUAUCAUUAUAUUCAGUAAGCAUUUUUAGGAAAACACAGAAGGGACAUAAAAAGAGGGCCGUUGAGUUGAGACAUCCAUCAUAAUUCCUGUAUUUUUAAUUUAAGUCUGUCUUCUACAUCUUUAUAUGGAAAUCAUGUUCUCUUAUUUACUGACAGAUUGUAAAUCACAUUUAACACUGAUUCUUCAUUUCAACAUGCCAUUAGCAACUCUCAUUCAUCAUUGUGUUAAUCAAUGAAUGUCUGUAUUGUCAUUGGGCCAAAGCAGUACAACACAAUUCAGAAAUGCAACUCAAUGUGACAUUCAUGCUACAAUAAAAAUCGAAGUUAAUAAAAGUAGGUUUAAAUAUAAAUACUGUCCUUACAUCUAGUGUUGCUGUUUAUGUGGAGUUGGGUUCUGCUCACCUGGGAUCCCAGCCUUCUGGGACACGCUUUGGUUCUGUCCUGAUUCUUCUAGAGUCAAGAUAAUUGAUAUGGGAAAAAAUGUCUUUGAAGAUGAAAACCUCUUUAGAAAACUGAACAGAGCAUGGAAGGAGAUUUUAAUGUUCAGAUUCAAUCUUUAACAAGUCAAAGUAAGACCCAACCUGUUGAGGUUAAACAUCUGUCAGCUCCUGUUUCUUUUUCUGAGACUAGGAAUAACUUUAGAUGUGUGAAGUCCACAUUUAUUUGCAUGGGGUCAAGUGCUAAGUAUAGAAAACAGAAUAAUAUAAAAUGUAUAGUUUUGAUAAUAUGCAAUUCAAGUCUCAAGAUGAGCCUUUCACAACCAGUCCUAGUUCCAAUCCUUCAAUUUCUUGAAGUGGAACCAAUAAUUGCCUUGCAUUCAAAUGUAUCAUCUGCCAAAGUCACAGAUUUGGGAGUAGAAAAUACCAGGCGUUCUUUACCCAGACAGCAGUUAGAUUUUUUUGACCCAUAUAAAUAUGGAGAGACUGUGGAUUAAUCAGGAGAGUAUUUGUCUUUUAUUGUGAAGGCUGAAAGUUACACUCCAAUUCAUGUUGAUGUAUUCUUGAGCUAGGCAAUUAACCAAAAGUCACCUACCAAUCUGUGUAUUGGUGUAAGAACAUCACUGUUUGAGAGCAGCUUUGACAGGUCAAAAAAGUGAUAUAAAAGUUCAGUCCAUUUAAAGUUUCUCAUGGCAUAGAUCUCCCCUCUAAGGAUCCUGAUCUUGGUAACUGUUUCAUUUUCUGACGUUUUCUAUCUGUUCUGCUUUCCCAUAUUGUUUUGUCAUUAGAAACUAUGUGUUGUUAAAAUCCAUCAGCAUAUACGUUGGUUGCCAGGAGCUGCUGCUUUCACUGUCAGGUUACAGGUGAAGAACUCUCUCUUUUCCACUAGCUGUGGAGUCAUCCAAAAGUUCAAAAAAUAAGCAGACAUGAUUUGUGUGAGAGUGGUGAAAAAGACAGUUGUUCUUGUAUUGAUGCAUGAAUGACCUUAUCUGAUAAAUAUCUGGGGUAGCUGAGACUCUCUGUUGGAAAUAGAACCAUCUGAACAGGGAAUGGAGAUCAGGGUUCCCUCAAUGAACUGUUGUGUGGUUGAUCUGUAAAAACACCUGGUUUGGGUGAUGUGUGCUUUCUGUUGAAAUGCACAGAACUGACAUUUCAUUAGUGUCCAUCAUAGUGUUCUUUACCUCACAGCUUCAGUAUUCAAAUCAUGAACUCCAGUUUCUGUUUAACAUUAAGUUCCCUUGUACUCCUUCCUGAAUAAGGUUUUUGUAGACCAUGUAAAAUGUAGAGUUGAAUGUUAUUGUGUCAAAGCAUUUAUCAGUGUGUGCUACCUGUAACUUGUGAAGAUUUUAUGAAAAAUGUUUUUGAUAAUUGCAGCACUUUGUGUUCAUGAAAUGCUUUUAAUCUUCUAGUGCUUUUGGUUUAAAUGCUUAAUACAAAUGUAUAAAUGAUAUAUUUACCUCUUUUAGAGAACAGUAAAAUGUAAAUACAUUAUAAAUGUUUUAUUUUUACAGUUUAACGUUUUGACAGUGUUUUUCCGAUAAGUGUACUUUUUGCUUUACUUGCACACAGUCUGUAUGCAGUUUGAAACGCAUACAUGUUAGUUGAAGUUAAUUAUUCAUACGCUCUUAUAGGCGAAGCCAUGACAAACAAGAUUUAGUGAACAUUUUAACACCUAGAUAUAUCUUGCUCCAGCAUGUUUUAAUUCAAACUAAUGAUGCUUAAAAGAAGGUCUAUACAACCUGAGAUAAACAAUACAUUCAAUUUUGAAUUGUCCUCAUUCAUCCAACAUUAAACUAAGCUAAAAUGCAGAAGCAGAUUUUAGACCUUAAGCCCAGUCUUUGAUUCAAUAACUUCAAAUAAUCAUCUCCUGUAUGACCUUAUCAGAGUUCUGUGUUAUUAUUAGAGAAGUAUUUUCACAGAACUAUUUAAGUUUAAUUGGUGCUCAUAAGAGAUUUCAUCAGACUGGGAUCUGGACAGGGGAUUGGCUACUUCAACAGCCUCAUUUUAUCCUUUAUCUGUUAUUCUGUUGUAGAUAUGAAUUGUCUUUUUGGAUGAGCUACUUGGGCCAAGCUUCAACUGGAGGACAGAUGGCCUUAACUCUGUCUUGAGAAUACAUUGUGAAUGGUACAGAGCAGGGCUUCGCAGUGGAGCAGCUGGUAGCACUGUUGCCUUGCAGCAAGAAGAUCCUGGCUUUCCCCUGUGCAUCCAUCAGUUUUCUCUGGGUAUCUUGGCUUCCUUCCAUAGUCUUAAAACAUGACCACAUUGUUAAUUAGUCUCUGUAAAAUUGCCCUUAGAGAUGAGUGUGUGUGCAUGGUUGUUUGCCCUGUGAUGGCCUCCCAUUACCUCCCCACAGUGUACUCUGCCUCCCACCCAAUAACUGAAGACAAGUAGCCUAUCUGUUGGGUAUAGACCAUGGCUGGAUGGUGCCGAGCUGUUCAGGGUAAACUUAAAUGAGCUCAAUGUAUCCAGAACCUCUGGCUGUAAAAUCAGGAUAAACCAUCGCUUCCAUGCUCAACAGUGUAUACAAGGAGUUAAUGCAAAACAUUUUAGCCAAAUAGCUGUAGUAGCAUCCAACAGAAAUUUCUCAAACUGGUUUGUUUGGAAUCUAAAUUUAAAAAGCAUGGUAACGUGUAAGAUGUAGCUGUUGAAUGUUGUGACCUCAAGGUAAACUCUGAUCCAUGUUGCAUGUUAUUGCCGUUGUAUUGACACAAAUAUGUGUGCUACAGAGCAACUAACUGCCAACUGUUUUUCUGAUGUAAAUACUGUGAUGCAAGCAAUGAGGGUGAACUUAAUUUUUCACACCCGCCUUCUGCGUUUUGCUUUGGUUUUUAGUAAAUAAAUCAAUUGUGUGAGAUGAAUUUGUUAUUUGUCACUCGAGGUUGUAUUCGUUUUAAGACUUUAACCAGAUGAUUUAGGUAUGGUCUAUCGGCAUCCUUUGAAUUAAGGAAGGGUAUACUUACUUUUUCUGACACAAUUUCUGAGAUUGUGACAACAGAUUAGUUUGGUUUUGUUUUCAUAAAUGUGUUAAUUUUUAGAUGAACCCAAAUAUUUAACAGUAGAACUUGUAUGUUAUCUAGAAUCCAAGGAUUUUAAAUGAGAUGGUUGAAGAAAACAUAAAAACAAACAAAAGGCCUUACUGAUUUUCUCAAAUAGUUAAAACUCUCAAGCUAUGUUCAAUUUUCUUUCUGAAAAAAAAAAUCUUUCUCUGGAGAUAGAAGGCCACCAGUAAAAGGCAGACUGUAGGUCAUUUGGUGUUAGACAAAUUUCUAAGCUCCAGCAGUACCAGUGAUCUAUAUUGAAUGUGUAUGUAAGAAACACUGCAAUACUGCAAAAAUAUUAUGGUAUUGGAACAAGCUGCUAUAAUAUGUCUAAAGCUCCGUAAGGUGCUACAGACCUCUUUCUCUUAAAUGUAUUGUUUGUACAUGUAUCCAGCUUAGCUGAAAAGCUGCCAUGUGUGCCUGCUUCCACCUUAUAUACAUAUUUUUGUUGUACUGUGAGUCUUUGUUCUUCUGUUCAUACAUGCUUGUAAUUACAUGGUCCCAGUAUACCGCUGCACACAACACCACCACAAGUAAAGAUUUUGAAAGAAAGAGAAGAAAGAUGGGAACAUGCAGAGUAUGUGCUGAUCCUCAAACGUUUUUGCAUGGUAUUCAAAGUGAGUUGAGAGAUUAACCUCAUCAGACGUGUUGGGUUUGCUGCUUGUUGUUUCAGCAUUUUCACCCACAUUGUCUAUAGCAAAGUCAGAGCACAAUCUCUACAAGCUCCUACACAUUUUCCCAAACUACUGUCAUAUUUUAUACAUAUAGGCAAAAUAAAUCAUACAUAUAAGUACAAAUACAUAUGUGUUUAUACAUGGUGAAAAAUCAAUGCUGCAGCUUUUAACAACUGUUUUUUUUCCUUCUUUGUCUUUUUAAACAUUGUCAUUAUCCAAAGAAAGUUUAUUUAUUGGUUGGCAAAAUAACCAGACUUCAUUCACAUACAAUGCUGCUAUGAAAGAGGAGAGUUGCAUUUGUCAACUCUUGUGUUUUUACUCAGUGUAAUGAAAGUUCAAUAAAGUUAAGGAAAAGAAUCCA